UCUUCUCCUCCUAUUAUUACUUUUCUCUAGACUGCCUCUUUUGGAGCCUAAUGUAUAUAAAGAAUCCAUUUUUUCCUCAUCAGGAGCUCAGAUCCGUGCAAUAAAACUUUUUUUUUUCCUCCAUUAAGUUCAAAUCCAUAUUAAAAAAAACAUUUUUCUCAUAAAAGAAUCUAUUCUUGGAGCUUUCUCUUGGUGUUUCGUACUGCAAGAUACCUCGCUUCUAAUCUUCCGUCUCUAAUCAAAUCCAAUAUGGCGUCACUACCACCUGUGGCACUGGCACUGGCACUGAUGGCGGUCCUUCUCUUGGUGGAAUGGGGCUCGGCGGCGGCGCCGGAGGGGGGAGAGACGUGCUCGGGAAUAGUGCCGAUGAAGGAGCGGGGAACGGCGAUGUCGGUGGCGGAUUUCGGCGGGGUGGGGGACGGCCAGACGCUCAACACGGCGGCGUUCCAGAAGGCCGUGGCGGAGAUCGAACGGCGAGGGCCGGCCAGCGGCACCCUCCUCUACGUCCCACCGGGGGUCUGGCUCACGGGGGCCUUCAAUCUCACCAGCCACAUGACCCUUUUCCUCGCCAGGGGCGCUGUCAUCAAGGCCACCCAGGAUACAUCGAGCUGGCCUUUGAUCGAUCCUUUGCCAUCAUAUGGGAGAGGACGGGAGCUUCCUGGUGGGAGAUAUAUGAGUCUGAUUCAUGGAAAUGGAAUUCAUGAUGUGAUAAUAACAGGAGAGAAUGGAACAAUUGAUGGCCAAGGCGAGGUCUGGUGGAAUAUGUGGAGGCAAAGAACCCUGCCUUUCACAAGACCAAACAUCUUGGAGCUCAUGCAUUGUAGAGAUAUUGUUAUUUCUAAUGUGGUCUUCCAAAACUCACCAUUUUGGAAUAUUCACCCUGUUUAUUGCAGCAAUGUGGUCGUAAGAAAUGUGACCGUGUUGGCUCCACCUGACUCUCCUAACACAGACGGAAUCGAUCCAGAUUCCAGCUUAAAUGUCUGCAUAGAGGACUGUUAUAUUUCAACAGGGGAUGAUCUAGUAGCUGUGAAAAGUGGGUGGGAUGAGUAUGGCAUGGCCUAUGCCCACCCCAGCUCUGGCAUCACUGUUCGGCGGUUGACCGGCUCAUCUCCUUUUUCUGGAAUUGCCAUUGGAAGCGAAACCUCUGGUGGGGUGGAGAAUGUCUUAGUGGAGAGCAUACAUAUCCAUAACACUGGUAUUGGGAUACAUAUAAAAACCAAUUCUGGUAGGGGUGGUUUUAUAAGAAACAUUACUGUCUCAGGUGUGAAUCUGAACAAUGUUCGCAAGGCUGUGAGACUUGCAGGUGAUGUUGGAGGUCAUCCUGACAGCAUGUAUAAUCCAAAUGCUCUUCCAAUUGUCGAUGCUUUGACUAUCAAAGAUGUGUGGGGUGUCGAUAUCCAGCAGCCUGGGUCGAUGGAGGGCAUCAAGAACUCACCUUUCACGCGGAUAUGUCUUUCUAAUGUGAAGCUUAAUGGUGACGGGGCACGGGAAGUGCCAUGGAAGUGUGAGGAUGUGAGUGGUGGUGCCACUGAGGUGCAGCCAUCGCCGUGCACAGAGUUGACUGGGACUUCUGGGAUGAGCUUUUGUGCAAAUGCAAUCUGAUGUUCUAUCAUUUGUUGGAUGCUCUCGUCGGGUAGAAAAUGUAUGUCUUUGCCAUUUGGCUAAUGGAAAUAAAAUUUGAGCAUAAAAUAUGUUGCUACUAUAAAAACAUGCAGCUUCUAUGUGAAAGAAUCUAUAUCUCAUGGUUUUCAAAGCAAGAAAAGAUUCGGAGUUAUCGACCUGA